AUUCCAUUAAUGACAACAGACAAAUGUCAGACUUCAUCAACAGCUUCAGAGAGAAUGCCUGUCGUUUCGCUUUCAAAAGUGAUCCAUCCUCUCAGUCUGGCCAUGACUCUACUCCCCGCCAUCAUUACGCCGUCUCUCCUGUCCUCCAUUCGCAAACACCCCUCACCUGCCAGCGCACACGUGGUAUUUAAUCGCAUCAAUCACACGCUCUCGCAUUCAAACCGACCAGAUGAAGUCUCAAAAGUCUAUUAGCACGCCCUGUGGGACGGCCCUGGGGACACUGUACCGAGCCAGGACGAGAAGCUGCGGGCUUCACGCCGCAUCCGCGAGGCCUGAUCAAGGCCGCUGCAGUCAGCGGUGUUCCAAGGGCACCGGUUGAUCUUCCCUUUGGAUGAGCUUCACCAUGAGCUCUCAAAGGGCGGACGUCCUCAAUUGGUUCCUUGCCAGACAAUUAACAGCUUGCUCGAGCUGAAGAAGGUGACACCUGAAGAGCUGCUGGACGACCCAGAGGCUCCC